AUGUCGGAUGAUUUGUCAGCUAAAAGUGCCGCUAAAACAUGCAGACAACCUGAAUUAGUGUUAACAAUUUUACAUUUCAACGACGUGUAUGAACUAGAUGCCAGAACUGAAGAUCCCGUUGGCGGGGCAACAAGGUUUGCCACUGCUUUACAAGAAUUCCAGUCUCUGAAUCCCUUGCUGGUUUUCAGUGGUGAUUGCCUGAGCCCUUCCUUGCUUAGCACAGUCACAAAGGGAAGGCAUAUGGUAGAUAUUCUCAAUAAAUUAGGAGUCCAUUGUGCUGUGUAUGGUAAUCAUGAGUUUGAUUUUGGUGUCGACCACUUGGAAGAGAUGACAGCAGAGAUGACAUUCCCUUGGUUUCUGAGCAACAUCUAUGACAAGUUUACCUCACUGCCUCUGGGACACGGGAAGGUUAAAAGAAUAUUGCUGUGGAACGGCAUGAAGAUCGGCAUCAUGGGUUUGGUGGAGGAAGACUGGUUUGAGCUGUUGGGAACAAUAGACAAGGACAACAUCCUCUAUGUGGACUAUGUUGAAGCAGCCAACCAGCUGUCCACAGAGCUCAGAGAGCAGGGAGCAGAUCUGGUUGUGGCUCUAACACAUAUGAGAUGGCGCAACGACAUCAGACUAGCAUCGGAGGCCAAAGGGCUUAAUCUAAUCUUAGGGGGUCAUGACCAUGAGUACGGGGUCCUGGAGGUGAAUGGGAUCCUGAUAGUGAAGAGUGGAAGUGAGUUCAGGUACCUGUCCAGGAUAGAGGUGGCAAAGGACCAGGAUGGGUCUUUCCACUUUGGCUGCCAUAAAAUUACCAUUCACAAAGACCUAAAGGAAGAUGCUGACAUCAAACAGAUUGUUGACAAAUACAAUAACAAUGUUCAACACAUGUUCAUGGAAGUCCUAUGCCAUACGGAGGUGGACUUAGAUGGGCGUUAUGCCACAGUCAGAAAUAGAGAGUGCAACCUGGGUAAUCUGAUCACCAAUGCCAUGCUGGAGGCUACAAAUGCAGAGGUGGCAAUUUUGAAUUCAGGGACCUUGCGGUCAGAUCGUAUCCAUCCAGCAGGUCCUCUCACCAUGCAUGACCUGAUGCAGAUCCUGCCCAUCAUGGAUCUUGUGCUGGUGGUGGAGGCCACAGGACAGCAGCUGUAUGAGGGCCUGGAGAAUAGUGUUAAAAACUAUCCAGCUCUGGAUGGCAGAUUUCUGCAAGUUGCUGGAAUCGAGUUUGGUUUUGAUCCCAAUGGAAAACCUGGCCAUCGUGUCAUUGUUGAAACUGUGAUGGUACAAGGAAAGAGUCUGGACAUGAACAGAAUAUACCUGGUGGCAAUGAAAGAAUAUCUCACAAAGGGGAAGGAUGGCUAUUCCAUGUUCACGGGCUGCAGGCAGAGGGUAGGCAUAGAAAGUGGCCAGGUCCUCUCCACCAUCCUUAUCAACCACUUUGAGUCUUUUCAGAUUGUCAAAGGCCUGAAGACUUCCAAGUCAAGCCACAGAAUGGGGCUCAUCAAGGUCUCCAGGAGCCCCUCACUGACCUGUAUAGAGAGAAGUGUGACUGAGACGCUGGAGGGAGAGGCAGAGGCACCAGUGGGGGUGGCCAUGGUGCCAGGAGUGGAGGGCAGGAUAUUCCACAUCCCAAAUGAGAAACCAUUACCAUAA